GACUCGUUUAUGACAGCGGUAUGAAGAUAUGUAUGGGGGUUUCAGAGGGGUAGAAAGGUUCAUGACGGUACACAACAGCAAGUUGAUGCAUGCAUGUGUUAAAGCUUUUCAAGAGGGAGAGGCAUCGGUGAAUAGACUGCUGUCAUCUUUUCCCAGGGUGCAGUUCAGAUAUGGAUUCGAAGUCUCGCCGCUUUCCGUUCACUGUCUCCAGCUCUUCCUCACUGUCAUCACCCUCCUCCCCGUCCACCUCGUCUUCGGCCCUAAGCGCGAGUCGGCUCUAUGGCAGGGACAGCGUCUUGGGGAGAGAUCGCUUUAGCAGAGAUACAUCCCUUAAACUAGACUCAGACUAUCAGAGCUCUCGUCUGAUUGGCUCACCAAGAGGAUACCGCUCAUCUGAAACCAGUCACCCAAGUUGGAAACUCUCAACACCUCUCUCCUCUUCCUCAUCUGCCUGUGAUCGAUCAUGGACCGAUUCCUCCAAUGGGGACAGAGUUAGACUUACAGACUCCGAAAGAAGACUUGGAAGUUACUGUGGACUUCUUGGCACAACCCAAGACAGCGAAUCUAAGAGAGCGAAACUGUCUUACACGAACAGAGCAACAUAUCAGCCGAGCAGCAGAUCUUCAUCCACUUCUACACCUGCCAGCUCCUACUCUACUUUAGGAAGUAUGUCAGAUUCAUCAUGGAAGUCAACCGUUAGCCCCUUGUCUAGAUCGUCAUCAUCCUCUUCAUCCUCAUCCAGUCCGUCAGAGGGUCUGUGGGCCCGUAGGGAUCUGGAGAAAAGAGGGGGAUUAGGAUCGACCUCUCUGGGAGAGUCUAGUUACCGGCCCAGUGGGCUGACAUCAACACUGUACCGUUCGGACCGUGUUACUUCCACCUAUGCACAAGGUGCUAGACCCAAAGAGAGUCAGUACUCAUCCCACAGGGACAACAGUUCUAAUCGCCAUAUUUCUGCCAAGUACCUCCCCUCCCCUCUGGAACGCAGCUCCCACGAUUAUGCCUCCGACUAUCAGCCUAGUCUUUACUCCCGUAAUACACAACGCACCAGCUCUGGCUCCACCAGAACCUCCGUCUCUGAGCCCUCGCACGUCUCAUCGUCAUGGAGCUCCACCCCUUACACGCCCCUAACCGCACGUAGCUCCAGUCCACCUCCCUCUAGCCCCGCGCCUACUCCACCCUCUGUUCAGAAUGGAGGCGAAUCUGACGGCAGGCGAACAACCAGGCGUCUGCUCUCCCGACUUUUCUCUCGCCGAUCUAGUCAGGAAUCCAGCUCCACCUCCAGUUCCGCCUCUGAUUCAAGGUCAUAUGACUCUAGCCCAGAUGAAGCCCCACCUUGUGAAGCCCCUCUUUCAGUCAGUAGAGAGAAUUUGGAAGCAGAGCUAAGGAGCUCUGACCCAGUUCAGGCGUUUUCAUUUCUGCGCAGACGUGGGCCAUCCCUCGCUCCCCUUCAGGAGAGUACCGCCGUGGAACCUGAACCGGAGUCUCUCAGGGCUCCAGCGGGAUUGACCUGGCUGAACUGGAACCGCUGCACCCCGCUGUUCUCUCGUCGCAGACGUGAAGGCCGUGACGAAAGUGCCCGCAGCUCUCCCCAGCUCCCUCUUAGUGCCAGAGACGGGAGUAAAACACCUGACCGAGGCACGCGUCACGAAGACGAUGAUGAUGACGAAGAAGAAUCGUCAUCAUCGGAGGGUGCUGCAGCAGCCCCCUCUGCUGGAGCUUAUGGUCUCUCUGCUUCACUGCUGCAGGACCACGCCCGUCUGUCUGGGCGGAGCCAUGGCUUUGGCAGAGUGAUGUCCAGCCCCCUCUUCCGUACACCUGAGAAUGUACUAAUUGGUGUGGGUUCAGGAGCAGAGGGGAGGAGUCAAACUGAUGAGCAGGUUAAAGAGAAGCCGGCCCCUUCUAGAGACCCUGAGAGACUGCGGAAGAUCCAGGAGAGCCUGCUAUUGGAGGAUUCUGAUGAGGAGGAAGGUGAUCUUUGCAGAAUCUGUCAGAUGGGGGAACAAUCCAGUUCCAACCCUCUUAUCGAACCCUGCAAGUGCACCGGCAGCCUGCAGUUUGUGCACCAGGACUGCAUUAAGAAAUGGCUACGCUCCAAAAUCAGCUCUGGCUCUAACCUGGAGGCCAUCACCACCUGUGAACUCUGUAAGGAAAAACUGCACCUGAACAUUGAAAACUUUGAUAUCAAUGAGCUGUACAGAUCUCAUGAGAGGUCAGAGUAUGAGUUCAUCAGUUGUGGUCUCUAUCUGGUCGUGCUCCUGCACCUGUGUGAACAGAGGUUCUCGGAUGUCCUGGGUGCGGUCAAUGAUGCUGGGUUUUUCAACUUGGCGAGAACUCUGCACGAACACAUGGACAAUCUUGAAAGUUCAUUUGCUGAAUCUGAUGAAGAUGAGGCAGAGGACAGCAGACCAUCCAUCGACUUCUGUGACCUGGAUGAUGAUGAGGAAGAGGAAGAGGAGGAGGUUUAAUAGAGGGUGUGGCUUAGCAGUUUGUCUCCCAGUCUCCACCUACUGCCUAUUCUUAAAAUGUGUCCUCCUGUUUGAAGUGGGUUUUUGCCAACCUAUCACAAGUCUUCAUAAUAUGCAAAUUAAACUUGUUGAUGGGAACUGUUUGGAUCCCAUUUUUCCUUUGAUUUAUUAUUUUGCAUCGGAGGUUGGUGAGCGCUCUAAAGCUUUAUUUAGUUAAAAAAGAAGUCUGGCUUACUGACAACCACCACGAGUGCUUUACAUAAAAACUAUGCUGAUUUUGGGACCGACAGGACAGCGAGGGUCAUGGGAGAUUUUUAUUCUUACACUGGUGCUUGGUGGAAAGCUCAUCUGCUCAUUUAUUGGGCUGCUUAAAUAUGAAAUGUUUGGUUUUUGAAUGUUUUAGAAAAAAAAUUAAAAUAAUUAAACCCUUAAUUUCUUUGUUUUUGUUUGUAUGUUAUGUUUGAGUUAGGAGUUAUUUGGCAAAUGGGUGAAUGGAUAAUGUUUUCUUUCAAGACUCCCUUUACAGAGGACCUUUUCCAAAGUCUCUUUGUAUGUUGUACAUUUGCUUUAUGAUAAUAUUGUAAUUCGCUUCAGUUGGUUACAAUAAAAUUGAGGUAUUAUUCAGAUACCUCGUAAAAAC